AUGGCUUUGCCUGGGUACAGGUCGCCGCCCAUGAAGCGGGUGCACUUCAACGACAACGUUCAAAUCAACGUCAUCAGCCCACGUGGACUGGGCCACUCUACAACCGACUUUCGCAAGUCGUUACGCGCGAGCAAAGGUGCUGUGCAGCCUGCUGGGGUGAAGCGCAGAGAGGGGUCAUCGUCGACCGCACCACGCCGCGCGCUGGCCGAUGUCAGCAACGUCCGCCAGCCAUCCGCAAGGCCCUUUGCGUUUCAGCGUGUCAAGAUCAAGCAGCGCAAGCAAGGAAACAGCAGAGGGCCCGUGCCGCGUGUUCAGACCGGCACUCAAGCCAGCAAACCACAUCCCAGACAGUUCACCAUGGCCAGCAGUCGCAUGCUUGUUUAUUCCAAGGACAAAGGCAACGCUGACACUACUGUCGCCACCAAGGCGCCAAAGGCAUCGGCAUCAGAGCCAUCAUCAGCUUCAGGCAGCAAGCCAGGAAUGCCCUGGAGCAAGGGCUCAAGGUGGGGUGAGCGGGUGGUGCAGCGAGUCAGGCGCAGGCAAUCACAGCAGGUGCAAGGGGAGCAGCCACUGCCACUCGACGACAGCAACAAGGAGAAUGAAUCGCCGGCGGCAGCAGCACAACACGGCAGCAGCACAGCAGCACCAGCACCAACAGAAGCACGGGAGGCGAGGAGGCGGUCCAAGCGGCCAUGGAAUUCCAAGAGCAGCCACACAUCGAAGAGCAGCCCACCCACACGCGUCAACAACCGAUCACAGAAGGAGGAGGAUAAAGAGGAGAAAGAGGAGAAAGAGGACAAGGAGGAGAAGGAGAAGGAACAGGAGGAGGAGAAAGAGGACAAGGAGGAGGAGGAGAAGGAGGAGGAGGAGGACAAGGAGGAGAAGGAGAAGGAACAGGAGGAGGAGAAGGAGGAGAAGAGGGAUCAACGACAGCAAGGCGGCGAGAGCUCACGGCGCAGUGCACCGACAAGCACAACUGAGGACGACUCCGCGGACGUGGAUGUGCUGGUGUUGGCCCCGGCGGACUCUGUGAUUGAUCGGCACACACGUGCAGCCAGGGCGGCAGCCAAGGCUGGCGUAUCAUCCACGGCUCGCGGGCAGAGGAGGAAGGGAGGGCGACACGGGCGGCGGAUCCGGCCGCAUCAAGUCUGCUGUUUGCUGGAUUGA